GCCCCUCCACCGAACGCUCUCCAACCGUCUCCUCUCCAAGCUCCCUCCUUUCCAUCCAUCAUGGCCUCGCGCCGCCCGGUUCUCCGCCGUCCUCGGCCGCCGCUCCCCCGCCGUACGAGAGCUCUCAGCCCAUCGAUGCCGGAUCGUCGAUCCGAAAGCCGAUCAGCCUGUGGCCCGGCAUGUACUUCUCCCCUGUCACCAACGCCCUGUGGGAAGCAAGAUCCAAGAUGUUCGAGGAGGUCGGCAGCGCCGGGGCGAGCGGGAAGGCGGCGCCGCCACCGCCGAGCGAAUUGGUCCCGAGGAGCCCGGCCAGGAGCAGGACGAGCAUUUUCUACAAGUUGUCGAGCGAUUAAGUGCUCAGGGAGCAGUACAGGAAUCCUUGGAACGAAAUCAGGAUGGGGAAGCUGGUGGAAGAUCUCGAUGCUCUCGCCGGGACCAUUUGCUAUAAGAAACCCAGGAUUCCUCAGAUUCAGUUGCACUUGCUGCCAAUUUCACAUUUGUGGCUCUCGUGAUUCUAGAACUGGGAAAUCAGCACCAGUUAACCCUAUCUCACCGGAGACAGAGAGAGAAAAAUUACUCUGGCAAGAGGCAGAAAAUAGGAUUAUAAUGAGGAAAAAGAAGAGAGAAGAACGUAACAGAGAUACUUAGGUAGAGGACUCGUCCAGGCUCCAGGCUUUACUUGCCGAAGGUCGUGUCUUCUGUGAUAUGCCAGCUUUGGCAGACAGAGAUAGCAUUCUGAUAAGAGAUACUAGUUUUGAGAACUCGUUAAUAUGCCAACCACAGCAAAGGAAUAUCCAUGGGAGAAUAUUCAGAGGAUUUUUGAUGCGAAAGGCUUUUGAGUUGGCCUUUUCAACCUCAUAUGCCUUUGCUGGCGUGGCACCGCGGUUCCUUGAAGUUGACCGUGUUGAUUUCUUGAGACCGGUGAGUACUCAUCCUGCGCAGGAUGUAUUUGUAUGUGUAGGUGAUGCUGUUGCACGACUUAGCUGCUGAGUGUGGAACCGUGGCAAUCAGCAGCGAUGGUCGCACUUGUGCCUUCACUCUUGCAGUCUGAUGUAUGAGUAAAAUUAUGGAUCUGUUAAGUGGAAGAUCAUAAUAUGAAGGAUACUAUUUUUGGGA